GCCGCCACGGCCUAAGCCAACUUGAACACCAACACCAACACCAAUGAUGUUGAUCAUAGCAGUUGAUGUCAUGGCGUCGUUCGCGACUAUUAUGCUGAUACGGAGUCGACGUCGACGUACAGGUAGCUCUUUAACUUCGGGUUUGUUUUCCCUGCUCGGGGAUCCGAGGUAGUAUAACCAGACCCUGGAUUGUCUGGGAAUACCAUACCAGGACCUGGCGGAAGUACUGUCCUGCCGUUGUGGUAGGGAGAAGUCGGCUCACUCACUCACCCCUGGAUGGAUAUAUCGUGUAGAGACAUUCCUCGAAUCUUCAACACCAUGAUGGGAAACGCAUUGUUAUCGCAUGCACAAGAACCAGAGCAAAGACCGCUUCUACUCCCAACCGCCACGUGCGGUCGGACACCGAAUUCGCCAAACACCCAGGACAGUAUCAAGAAUCCUGAGCAUGAGCACGGUCACGCCGCCUCGGAGCACUAUGCCUUUUCGAUACUCAGGCUCGUGGCCGUCAUGUCGAAUUUCCUGGUGUGUGGGGUCGUUGUGACAGGGAUCGGUGUACUAUUGCCUGAUAUCAGCACAUUCUACCAUGUCAAGGAUGGUACGACGGCACUCAUCUUCCCCACCGGCGUGACAGGCUACGUGUGCGCAAGCGUCUUCGCCGACCACGUCCAUGGCCACCUUGGUCGUCGAGGAAUUGCAUUUCUGUCGCCAGCAUUCCGCUUUCUUGCCAUGGGAAUCCUGGCCACAGGGCCUCCGUUCAGCAUCGCCCUGACGGGAUACUUCUUGAUGGGAUUUGGCACGGGUCUGUCUGACGCCGGGUUCUGUGCCUGGGCAGCUAACGUGCCCUAUGCCAGUGUUGUCCAGGGCUUCAUGCACGGCUCGUACUCUGUCGGGUCGAUUUUGGGUCCGGUGCUGGCGAAUCUGAUGUUGAAGAACGUCCAUGAAUGGUACGAAUUCUAUCGAAUGACUGGUGUCCUCCUCCUAGUGGAGCUCGUGGUCCUCGUCCUGGCGUUUCGUCUGGACCAUGCCGUUCCAAGAAGCGAAAGCCCUAAGGAGCAGGAACUUGAACUCCAACAAACUGGCCAUCUCAAAACCAACAAUGCUCUGCGCCAUCGAGCAACCUGGAUUUGCGGAGCCUUUUGCUUCUUCUACGUCGGACUUGAAGCUUGUUUCACCGACUGGAUCGCCGUCUUCAUGCAGCGCGCUCGACACACCGACCCCACCACCUCGUCGCUCGCCACAUCCAUGUUCUGGAUCGGCAUGGCAUCCGGGCGAUUCAUUCUGGGCCCUCUGUCAGGAUUCAUCAGCAUCAAACUGGCCGUGGCAGGCUACCUGGUAGUGUUGAUGGUUCUACAAGUCCUGUUUCGAAUCUUGACCACUGGGACCACACAUGCCAAUGUCACGGCUUCGCUCGUUCUUCUGGUCGGGAGCGGCCUCGUCUGUGGACCCAUGUUCCCGUCGGCCAUUUUGUUGUUGUCGUCCAAAUUACCGGUACCACCCGCUGCACAGGUCGGGGCGGUGGCGGCCGUGUCGGCGUUGGGCCAGAUCGGCGCGGGAAUCGCCCCGUAUGCAGUCGGCGUCGUGGCCGACAGGCUGGGCAUUCAACAGUUGCUCAACGUCAUUGGGGCACUGGCUGCGUUGACGCUGGUUGUGUGGGCUGUGUUUGCAACGUUGCCUGAGAAGGCCAACUUGAAGAAGCCUGAUUCGGAGGUCCAAGUUCGUCGAAGCGGCUCGCCGGAUCGUGAGUCGGCUGAAGACGAACUUGAAAGGAAACGUGUGUAUCGGGCUGUAUAGCACCAGGCUACCCUGGUACGCAAGCUAGAGGUACUACAGAAGUCAAUCUUAUCCAGUCCAUUCGUGACAAUGCUUCUUUUCAUUGCGAGCAUUGGCUCAGCUCCC